AUGCUGUUUUAAAUUUUAAAAAAACCGUCAGCCGGUUGUAUUGCGGUGGAAAGACCGUCAGCUGUAAAAUAAACAUGUAAAAAAUAUAAUAUAUACCACUUUAUGUGCGGCAAAGUAUGCGUAAUGUGUAAAUUGCGUAAUCCGUUGAUGGCUUUUCAGGUUAACGCCUGAUGGAAUGCUACAUGCAAAGUUUCAUGAUUUGUUAUUGCUGUCAUAAAAAGGUAUAGCGCUUAUUUUUUACAUGUUCAUGCGAGCAGCUGAUGUUCUUACCACCGCGAUAUAACCGGUUGACGUUUUUUUUAAAAUAACAAUAGCAUCUUAACUAUCGUUUUUUUUUGUUUUACUUGUUUCGAUGGCUGCCAUAUCUCAACCCACCAACGGAGCGGCAACUGAUGUCCACGAGGGCUCACCAUACCUAGCCGUUAACAAUUACACGAGUUUUCAGUCGGGAGGCGAUUGGUAAUGGGAAUCUGUUCCUGGCUCGCGGUCUAAGAGGUUUUGAGGGACAGUUACUUUGCAACAACUUUCGCAGCUUAUUGGCUGGUAGAAGGUAGUUUAUAAUUAACUAUAAUAGCGUGAUUACUAGUAUUCAUUUUUGACAACAGUAAUAACAAACCUAGCUACGCCAAAACAGUAGUGCAAAAUAUUGUGUACUUAGAGAAAUUCUAUCGCUUUUGUGUAUUUUCUAUUUACUUCACCAUCCUAAACUAUUGUUUCGGAGAGCAACUGAUAACAUAUGUUAUUAUUCGAAGAAUCGCACCAUCUGGGUAUUCAUUGUGUUCAACAAUAACAAACGAAUGUCUCGUUGUUCGUUGACAUCACGAAACUUGGGAAUUGUUAUCGUAAGCACAGUCAGUGUCGGAGUUACCGCUGGGGUGAUCAUUGUGUGUAAAUAAAUAAAAGAAGAUGUGUUUUCAGUAAUUUUUCAGUGUGCGUUUGGAUUUGGCAGAAUGGAUUCGACUGGGUAUUUGUAUACAGUCAUCUUGUUAUCCUCAGUAUGGAGCGCUUCGAGCACAGUAUGUACAAUAAAAGACCGUAACGAGUGCACCUACACAGUGGUCUGUGAGGGCCACGCCGGCAGCGCUAACAACCCUUCCUGCGAGUUCGACCCCUACGUCAACUUUAUCAUCAAGGACUCCGUCGCCGACACUCUCACCACCGGCUUCUUCGGGUCCACCAACUUCGACUCCAGAGUCAGGCGAAUCCACGCCAUCGAUAACAACUGGCCCAGCAUCGAAGCCUUCGCUUUCAAGUACUACUCCAAGUGUAUCGACAUGGACCUCUCCAAAAACAACAUUAAGAACAUCAAAAAUGACGCAUUCAAGAACUUAUUCGUGCUUGAUUCUUUGAAUUUAUCUCAAAAUGCUAUAGAACACUUAAAUCCAUCUUCGUUAGCGAUUUCAGAAAUAAGUGCAAAUAAAUUAAGCACACUGGAUCUUUCAAAUAACUUACUAACGGAGAUUAGCGGUGAAGCUCUAAGUAAGUUAACCAACCUCAAUCGUUUGUAUUUGCAAAACAACAGACUAACAACAUUAGCAGAUGAUUGCUUUACCUCCUUAAAAGACUUAAAUACAUUGAACUUGCAAAAUAAUCAGUUAACAGCUAUUAAUGUAACAUUAAUUCACUCGAAAAAUCUCAAGACGCUGGAUUUGGCGUUUAAUAAUUUGUUCAAAUUGAUAGGAUUCGAACUAAACCGAUUAGAUUCUCUUACGUUUUUAAACAUGAGUUUUAACGAUAUUGAAGAAGUUGAAUCGAAUUGCUUCAAUCAAGCAUUCAACCUCAUAUCGAUAGACCUGAGCAACAACAAAAUUAAAUCGCCUAUAGAAAAUGUGAUGUUUAUUAAUAACAAUCGUCUACAACUUUUAAAUUUGUCCAAUAACAGUAUUGAAGAAAUACAGGACGAUGCAUUUAAACAUAACGUUUUAACGACAUUAAAUUUGGACAAAAAUAACUUGAAGAUAGAGAUAUCUGGUCAAACCUUUAAUGGUAUAUCAAACGUUUCAAGACUUGAUCUGUCCAAUCAGAGUAUAACCGCCAUAAGAAAAAACGCAUUUUCCACAGCAAAUAAUCUCGUUCAUUUGAACUUGAGUAGAAAUGUUAUACGCACAAUCGAGAAAUCCAGUUUCUCACCUUCAAUGCCUCUAAUAGUUUUAGAUAUUUCAUACAAUAAGUUGAUAUCUCUAGAAUUUUUAAACGAUACUUUAUUAAGCCUUACUGAGCUCUACGUGAAUAAUAACAAUCUCACCUUCAUAAGUGAGGGUACCUUUCUUAAUCACACAAAUUUGAAUAAACUGGACUUGUCAAUGAAUUUCAUUGUUACCAUAGAUCAAUUGUCUUUGCCUCUUCUUAAUUUGCAGUAUUUAAAUGUGACUGGCAAUCUUUUGACGGGAUCUCUCAAGAGUAUGGUGAUAAGUCCUUCAAAGUAUCUCCGAUUUCUGGACUUUAGCUGUUUCAAUUUUAAAAGAGUUGAGGAUGGAGCAUUUAUUGAUUCUCCUUUACUUGCCAGGGUGAACCUGUCCUAUAAUGCAAUCGAGUUUAUUGGAACAAACAAUUUCAUGAAUAUGGAAAAUUUGUAUAGUUUAGAUUUAUCGUAUAACAAACUGAUAAGGUUACAAAUGAAUAAUAGCGUUUUGUUAAACCUUAAAGCUUUGUAUUUGAACCACAACCGUCUGAAAUCCAUUUCAAAUUCAUUUUUGAAUAUAUCAAAAAUACUAUUUUUCGACAUUUCUGAUAAUGAUAUAUCUGAUCUUUCUGUUCCACUUUUCCAAACAUUAAAAGACUUGCGUGUUUUGCGUAUUUCAAAUAAUAAAGUAAAACAAUUUAACAAUCCACAAACGAACUCUCUUACUAAAUUGAUGACUUUAAGCCUUUCUUCAAACUCGCUAGUUAAUUUGAAUUUAAGCUACUUUCCAGAUUUAAUAAACGUCGAUUUGAGUAACAACAGCAUUAGCUUCAUCAACAGCUCUUUUUUCAGAAACUUAGACCGUUUGCAAUCCAUUGAUUUAAGCUUUAAUAAUAUAACAAAUUUGACGCCAGGCACAUUCCAAAGUCUUAAAAUUUUAAAGCUCCUAAAUUUGUCUUCAAAUUCGAUCAAAAACUUGCGCUACGGUAGCUUCAAGGGGCUUGGGAGAGCUGAAGUGAUAGACAUAUCUCGAAACUCGAUACACAUCUUAGACGUGGAUAUCUUUCACGAAUGCACAGAGCUGAAGCGACUGAUCAUUGAUUACAACUUCAUCACUCAAAUCGACUUCGAACGAUUGGUCAUGACUGUUACAAAGCUGAAUGCUCUAAGUUUAGGUGGUAACCCAAUUAUGUGUAAAGAGAUUGUUAGAAGUUACAGUUCAGGCAUUGGAGGUAGACGUGUGGAAGUAACUUCUAUCGAUAAAGUCUUUGAAGAAGAUAAUGUCCACGGUAUUUGGUGUGGUAAUGGGACAGUGGUCACAACAACGAGUAGUAUUGUGCCUCCAAUAUACACGAGUGGUUCAAGUUCAGCCAACGUAUUGUUUAUGUGGUGUUCAGUGUUAACGGUUUUGGUUUUGAUAGUUGGUAUUGCCAGUUACAUGUAUAGACGGAAGGGUCUGAUGAUUUUAACAGAAUCUAGUAUGAGAAGCACAGUACAGUUCGGGAGCACUGAAAACCAUAGUACCUUAUUAUUUUAAGCAAGAUUAUUUUAGAGAUUACGUUGCAUAGUGUCUUUUUUAUGGCACUUUAGACUCUAAAUCUCAGGCGAUUUCGUUCCGCUGUUUAUAAUUAAGGCUUAUAAUAUCGCUGAAAGCGAAAUUAGCACCAAAGAUUGCUUUUAGGUUGUUCAUAAUUAGAUUUUAAUUAGUUGUAACUUUUAUUAUUUGUAUAUACAAUACCAAUUAAACAUUAUUCUGUAUAUUUUAUUCGUUUUUAGUUGUACAUAUUGCCCGCCAUAUAAGCAAAAUGGAGAUAAUAUUUCAGAUAUUAUUGUUUUUUUAAUAAGAAAUAACGUUUUAUAGGUACGUAAGUAAAUAUUAGGCACUGGAAUUUAUAAUACAGUUCUCAAGACAACAAUAUGCAGUGUUUUACAUUACUCCGCGAGGACCAAGUGGACCAAUGCUGAAAUAACAAAUAAAAUAGUUAUUUACGAUACAAUUCCAGAAAAUAGGAAAUUCGAAACGAGUGGCGAUAAAUUAAAAUACAACCGAAAGAAGUGUUUUUAAUUUUUUCCCGAUUUCGGUAUUGGCCCCAUAAUAAAAGUUGCUCAGAAUGACCUAAAUAUUAACGGGUUUGAGUAAAUGGUUUUAGUUAAUUUACAUACUGUUUAAAUACAAAUAGCGGACAUUAUAUAAAUAACUGCAGACUGAGAACAAAGAUCUGAAAAGAACAGAGAUCAAACAGAGAUCUGAAUAAGUAGUAUCAUAUAAAACGAUAUUUAUUUUAAUAGGUACAUUCAUAAGUGAGUACCUACUAGAAGUAUUGUGUCCAGACUUUAACGAGUAUAGUAAACAAUAGAGCAUGUCAACAUGCCAUCAGCAAAACAUUAAUUGAUCUUUAGCAUUUGUUUACAGAUAUAAUAAUUAUAAUCAUCUUUUGUUAUUAUCGCGUUUUACUGGCAAUUCUAUUGGAAUGUUAUGCUUUAAAUGCAAACACAAACCGUCUUCAUUAUUAUUGUAGGUCAGUGUUUUGAAAACUUGCCUGUUGUUCUUAGCUCUACCUGAACCCCUAGUAUAAAUGUAUUCGAUCGCUUGACGUAACGUACGCGUUUGACUCAUUUAGUAUGGGAUUUAGAAACAGCGCGCCCAGCGGGACGUUUUGUAAAUUCAAAACCCCCAAAAUGAGACUUAACGCAAACGAGUACGUCACGUCACGAUUCGUCGAUAACGGUUGCCGACCCAGAACAAACACUUUAAAUGAAACCUAAUUAAAUAUUAGAUUAUAAUAAUUGCAAAAUAUUGAAAUGUAAUUAUCUUAAUAAUAUGCUAUAAUAUUGAAGUGUAAUUAGUUAGUUGACGUGUAAAAUGUACUAUUUUAUAAAUAAAGAAAUGAAUGAAUGAAUGAA